AUGACGAAGGGAACGUCAUCGUUUGGAAAGCAUGGCAAUAAGAUGCAGAUGUUGUGCUGCCGCUGUGGCUCUAAGGCCUACCACCUUCAAAAGUCGACCUGUGGCAAAUGUGGCCACCCCGCCAAGCACAAGAGAAAGUGUAACUGGACUGCCAAGGCUACAAGACAAAAUACCACUGGGACUGGUCGAAUGAGGCACCUAAAAAUUGUAUCCUGCAGAUUCAGGCAUGGAUUCCAUGAAGGAACAACAACUGAACCCAAGAGGGCAGCUGUUGCAGCAUCCAGUUCAUCUUAA